AUGUCAACGAUUGGAAAAACUAUAAGAUGUAAAGCUGCAGUAACGUGGGAUGCAGAUAAAUUAAGCAUCGAAGAAGUUGAAAUAGCUCCUCCAAAGGUACAAAAUAACGAUGUGCUUUCUUUCUCAAAAAUCUUUCUUAUUUUUUUUAAAAAAAUAUCAAUGAUGACGACAACAACGAACAAUAACAGUAAUAGUAGUAGUGAUAACAGCAUUUUACUUUAUUUUGAAAAAUAUUAUAGGAUAAAGAAGUCUCAAAAUAUAUUAACGAGACCUUACGCUGCUUUUUUAUGGCCAAUUAUACAUGGCCACGAGGGUUCAGGAAUAGUUGAAUCGGUUGGUAAAGAUGUCACAUACGUAAAGCCUGGAGAUCAUGUUAUUACUACGUACGUUCCACGUUGUGGUAAAUGUGUAUAUUGUAAUAACAAUAGCACUGUUAUUCGUACCAAUUUUUGUCAAAUGUUUCUUAAUCAGUUGUCUGGUCUUAUGCCUGAUGGUACUAGCAGAAUCACUUGUAAAGGUCAACAAGUGUUUACUUUUUUGGGGGUUUCUUCAUUUUGUGAAUAUUCAAUCUUGACUGAUGAAAAUAUUGUCAAAAUCAAUCCCCGUGCCCCAUUGGAUAGUGUUUGUUUAUUGGCUUGUGGUCUUUCAACCGGUUAUGGUGGGGUAACAAGAAUAGCUAAUAUGAGAAUUGGUUCUAGUGUUGGAGUUUUUGGUUGUGGAGCUGUCGGUUUAGGAGCAAUUCAAGCCGCUGUUUCUCGCAAUGCAAGAUUGGGAGCAAAAGAUUGUAUCAACCCCAAUGAUUAUAAAGAUAAACCAAUUCAACAAGUUUUAAAAGAACUUACAGGUAUUGGACUUGAUUAUACUUUUGAUUGCACCGGUAAUACAAAAAUAACCAUCGCGGCUCUUGAGGCAACAAAAAUAGGUACAGGAGAAUCAAUAGUUUUAGGUGUUUCCGAUAAAGGUGAAGAAGAUAUUGGCGUUGCACUGCAACAAUUAAUGUUGGGUCGAUAUUGGAAGGGUGGGGUGUUUGGUAAUUUAAUACCAAAACGAGACAUACCACAACUUGUCGAACAAUACCUUGACAAUAAAUUGGAGAUUGAUUCGUUGGUUACUCAUCGAUUUAAAUUUGUUGAGAUUAAUGAGGCUAUAAAAGUUAUGAUGUCUGGUGAUUG